AUGAUAAAUUGCACACCGGAGAUAAUCAGGCCAUUUAAAAUAGCGGACCGCGAAAUUCAAGCAAAGAAAAUCGAAAAAAAGGCAAGACUCAAAAGACUCAACUCUGUCUUCACACCAGUGAAGACAGAGUUGGAAGCUCGUCAACGGGCUCGUGAAUUAAAAACCAGAAAAAAGAUUUUAAUUGACCACAAUCAGCUGAAAUCAAGAAAGACAGCUAAAUUGUUGCAGAAGCAGAAGAAAAGUAACACUAAUUUUCCGACAAUCACGACUGACGACAAAAUACCUUGUCAUCUCUGUGGCAUACUAGUUAACGUACAUCCAUUUGAAGACUGGAGAGAAUUUCCGUCCUGCGAAAAAUGA